GUUCUUGAGAGAAUGCGCUUGAGAUUCCCGGCUUCCUGGCCGCGAUGACCCCGAUCUCAUGCUCUGGCGUUGCCGUCUCAUCAGCAGAUCAUGUAAGUCGUCCUUCUUUCGGAGCUAUCGCAUUGGAACAAGAAAUAUCCAGCAGCAGCGAUGCGAGCCGGAGAGUGCCAGUGCGCUUCUUGCCGGAUUGAAGGCAUGCGCCAGCACAGAGGAGCUCGAUUUCGGGAGGAAGAUGCACGAUCACGCAAUCCAGAGUGGGAUGAUCGCCGACAUCUACAUCGCCAGCACUCUAGUCGACAUGUACGCGAAAUCUGGAAGCAUGGCCGAUGCUCGCAGCGUCUUCGAGCACAUUUCUUCUCCGAAUGUGGUGUCCUGGACGGCAUUGAUGCUGGGCUAUGCCGAGAACGGGCAAGCUGAGGAGAGCUUGGAUUUGUUCCAUAGGAUGGAAUUUACAGGAUGCUUGCCAAACUCUCGAGCUUUUGUGGCUGCUAUCAAGGGCUGCUCGUUGCUCUCGGCCAAGGAGGAUGGAAAGCUCGUAGAUGGAAAGGUAGUCAAGGUAGAGUCUCUGGAGAAAGGCUUGGAGAUCUUCUCCAGGGCAGCGAAAGCUGGCUACGACAGGGAUACUUUCGUGGAGAACUGUGCCAUCGACAUGUUUGCCAAGUGUGGAAGCUUGAGAAUGGCUCGCCAGGUUUUCAAUAAGAUGGUCACUCGCAGUGUUGUCUCGUGGAACGCACUGAUGCUGGGGUACGCAGAGAAUGGCGGUGGUGAUCUAGCUCUGGAACUUUUGGACUCGAUGCGAGAAGAAGGGAUCUGUGAGCCAAACCGAGUUACGAUCCUCGCGGCACUUAAAGCUUGCGCGAGCUUGGCGGCGAAGGAAAAUGGAAGGCUGGUUGAAGGAGAGGCUGUGAAGAUGAAUGCCUUGGAGAAAGGCAUGGCUGUUCACUCUGAAGCGCUGAAGAUUGGAUGCGAGCUCGAUACGUUUGUCGGGAACAGUCUGGUGGAUAUGUAUGCGAGCUGUGGAAGCAUUCUGGAUGCUCGAAGAGCUUUCGACAGGACAAGGUGGCAGACUGUGGUAUCUUGGAACUCGUUGCUGAUGGGUUACGUGGAAAACGGGAAGGCAGGAUUGGGUUUGAGGCUCUUCGAGCUCAUGCAGCAAGAAGCUCUGUGUUCUCCAAAUCGUGUCACCUUUCUCGUUGCACUCAAGGCUUGCACUUGGCUUGCUGCGAACGAGGAUGCCACUCAGCUCGACGGAAAGGCUGCUAAACAAGGUGUGCUGGAGAAGGGGAGCGCUAUUCACUCUCAAGCUGCUGCUUAUGAUUACGAGACAGACAAUUUCAUAGCCAGCAGCUUGAUCGACAUGUACACGAACUGUGGAGGCCUGGCACAAGCUCAGAGCGUGUUUGACAAGCUCCCCGUUCGCUGCCUGGUCACUUGGAACGCCCUGAUCCUGGGAUAUGUCGAAAGCGGUGAAGCCGACUCUUCUUUGGAGCUCUUCAUGAGAAUGCGGGAGGAUGGCUGCACUCCGGACUCGGUAACUUUCAUAGCAGUACUCAAGGCCUGUGCGGGACUUGCAUCUUUGGAAGCUGGGAAAUACGUAUGCGGGGAGAUCUAUAAAGCUGGGUUCGAAAAGGAGCACGCCGUGAGCACUGGCAUCGUGGAUUUUUUUGGGAAAUGCGGCAACGUAGGUGAAGCGGAAGAAAGCUUCGUCUCCACGGACGUGCGGAGUACCAUAGCCUGGACUGCGUUGCUGGCCGGCUACAGCCGCCAAGGAAAUACCAGGUACGCAUUCCAGCUCUUUCAAGCGAUGCAGGAAGAGAACGUACUUCCGGACGGUAUAACGUUUCUUUGCCUGUUAACAGCGUGCAGCCAUGCUGGUCUAGUCGAGAGAGGAAGACGCUACUUUGAAGCCAUGCGGUCCAGGUACUCGAUCGAGCCUGGUAUCGAGCACUACCACUGCAUGAUAGAUACUUUGGCACGAACAAACAAGCUCAGCGAGGCGCUGGAUAUGGUCAAGGCCAUGCCUUACAGGAAAACUCCCGUGGCCUGGAUGACGCUCUUGGGGGCAUGCAAGAAGUGGAAGAACUUGGAAGUUGGGAAGCUGGCCUUUGAGUCCCUGAUGGAGCUGGACGACCGGGACGUCGCAGGCUACAUGCUCAUGGGAAGCAUCUAUGGAAGCUUGGGAAUGUGGGAGGAGCAAUCUAAGAUCGAGACGAUGAGAACGAGUGCUCGGGUUUUACGACGGCAAGGACAGAGCUGGUGGACAGAUCCUAGAGGCGUAGUUCACAGGUUCAGUGCGGGUGAUACAAGCCAUCAUCCUCAAGGGGAGGAGAUCAAAGCUUUGCUCAAGAAAACCAUGGCGAGGAUCAAGAAAGAAGCCGGCUACGUCGCUCAUCUCGCUAGCGUCUCCCACCACAACAUUUGUGACGAGGCAAAAGAGGACGCGCUCUGUGGACACAGUGAGAAGCUGGCUCUUGCGUGUGCGCUGCUGAACACUCGUCCGGGAGGAACAGUGCGCAUCAUAAAGAACCUCCGGGUUUGUGAUGACUGCCAUCUCGUCUUCUGCGCGGUCUCCGCCAUGGAAGCGAGACGUAUACUCUGCAGAGAUUCAAGCAGGUUUCACGUCUUUGGCGAUGGCAAGUGCUCCUGUGCCAACUUCUGGUGAUGAUCAAACGAGAAAGAAGUCUAAAGGAAGACUCAAGAAUCUUAAAGAAAUUAAAGGAAGUGACAAAGUUUAAAGGAAUAGUUUGGAUACUUAUGACUUAAGCUAUGAAAAAGCGUUGCAUACAAGCUUAAACCCGGUGUAUAUAUUUGCGUGCUAGGUUUGCCAACCACAUCAAGCUUCACUUCCCUUUGGUCUGCGUGGUUUAUCUAUUUCCUUGUGCAUGGUGAUGGCGGCUGCUAGUGAGAAGAAUCGCAAGAGUUCCAAGGCAAAGAAUGGAGGUCGCAGUGAGAUCCCGCAGAGGAAGAGCCCGCGGCUGGUGGAGAGGCACAGGAAGAUGCGAAGGCUGGCUGCUGCCAUGAGCAAAUUGUCUGUCGAUGCAGUAGCAGCAUCAAAUCGGAAGAUUAUCACUAUCAAAUCCAGGGCUCUCAGGCAACAAAAAGAGAGAGAUCUUCGCCAAAAGUUGAGACUCAGGAAGAAAAUCUGUAAAUAAAUUGUCAAGAUAAAUUGAAUUUGUCAAUUUCUGGUCGA